AUGACGGAUAAUGGUGUAGUCAUUGGAUCAAUUGUGGCAUCCAUAGUGGGUGUAUUUUUCAUAACUACCUUAAUCGUGGUCGCAUAUACAUGUUGUUGUUGUACAGUUUAUGUUGGUAGAGACAUCUACCGAUUUAAAGAUUUACAGUUAGGUAUUGGGAGACCUAGGAGUCUAAAACAGACCAAAGCAGCCGAAAUCCGAUCAAAUUUUUGGCCAGUAGGAAGCGAAGAUGAAGAAAGUCUCGUUGGAGACAAUGGAACUAGGGAUCAAACUCUGUCUAACAUAGCUUUGAGAAGCGUCCCAAUGUCAGAAAAGAUGUUAUCCCCAUUGAGCUCAGCAAUUGAUGGAGAUAUAUUAGUCAACAUCUCCAAAGAUGAUAAUAUGAAUACAGACACACUGGCAUAUAUGAGUGCAAUGGAUCAUACCAACAGUAGGUGCGAGGUAGCCGGAGAAGGGAGAAAGGGCUUCAAGGAGAAUAAAGUAACUUCUAUCAACUAUAAUACUAAGUAUAAUAGUCUCAAAACCAUUAUAGCGGAACCUUCUGGUAUGGCUUUUGGCAAUUACGAUCAAUAUGACAGCUUUUCUCGAACUUUAAUGUUGCAAAAGUUGAUACAGUGCUCCAAAGACAAAAAAAUGAUCAGACAAGUUAGAGAUCCUUUUCUGGGGUCAUUCAUAUCCUUAGGAGGUAUUGUUGUCGCUGUGGAAUCUUUUCACGGUCUUCAUGAAAAUGAGUUCAAUGUUCUACAGGCUGGGGAUCUCUUAAGAAUCGUGAAAUUUUAUAUAAAAGAUGAAGAUGAAGAUAAAGAAAUCAAUAAAUCUCUUCGAUGUACUUCAAGGAUUACUUCGGAAGAAAUAGUCGACACUAAUGAAUCUACAGAUAUUGUUGAUUUCACUGAAAAUCUAUCUUCGCAGGAAACCAUGAACAAGCAUUCGGAAAUUGAUAUCGUAAUGGACACAUCUGAUUUAAAAUAUGACGAGGUCUAUUGUACAGGUAUCAUUCUUAAUACCUAUUUGGAGUAUGAUGCAAACACUAGCAAUCUUUCUCUCAGGUUUAGGGAAUCACCGAUAAGCGAUACUCAAGAGAAGGAUUUAGUUAAAGAUUUUCCAUUGAGAGUCAUUUCUCUAGAAACGACAGUAUUGAAAAACAUAGGCUCUCCCAAAAGUAUUAAAUGA